CACAGAUCUGCGGGGCAGAGCGGGCAGCGGGAGCUCACUGUGGGGAAAUGAAACACGCUGCAGGUCCCGGAGCAGCAGCAGCAGCAGCAGCAGCAGACGAGCCGGGCAGAGCCGAUCACUUCAUCUGUCAGCGGGACAUCACGCACCGUCCGGGAUCAUGUUGUUUCCUCUCCACCUAUUAUCGGCUUAUUGGAUCGCAGCUGAGUGAGAGGGAAAGUCCACACUGGAUCUGAAGCUACGCACUUGUCUUCGCCACCGUGGAUGAGAUCUUUGCAUACUUGAUGUCUGAAUAACUCCUGCGGAUUGUCUGCCUCUUCUCACAUAUUUCGGAUUAUUCCUUUAAUAAGGAGACAUGUUGAUUUUGCUUGUGAUCAGCCUGGCCGUGUUGUCAGACGCAGGUCUGCCGGCGGAGGUGUUUCGAGCAGGUGUGGCCCCUCGCUGUGAGAGCCGGGCCUGCAACCCCCGCAUGGGUAACUUAGCCCUGGGUCGCCGUGUCCUGACGCAGACUGUCUGCGGAAACAACGGCACUGAGCUCUACUGCUCCUACUCUGACCCCAACUCCAACCUGGCCUGCAACGCUGCCAAGUGCGCCAAAUGCAACGCCGGCCUGCCUCUCCUGUCCCACCUGGCUGGAGCCAUGUCCGACUCCUCCUUCCGUCACCCCAACACCUGGUGGCAGUCGGCUGAGGGAGUGGAGUCUGAGACGGUGCAACUGGACCUGGAGGCCGAGUUCUACUUCACACAUCUCAUCGUAGUGUUUCGUUCGCCGAGGCCUGCCGCCAUGACGCUGGAGCGGUCGCAGGAUUUUGGGAGAACGUGGAAGAUGCUGCAGUACUAUGCCAGCAACUGCAGCGCCGCCUUUGGGAUGGAGGAGGGAAAGACAGGCGUGGGUCGGGACGGGGCCACCUGCACCUCCAAAUACUCGGAGGCUUAUCCCUGCAACCGUGGAGAGGUGAUCUACCGCACUCUCCCAAAGUGGGAAUCCUUGGAUCCAUUCGGGGCGGAGGGCCAGCAGCAGCUGAGGGUGACCAACAUCCGAAUCCGACUGCUGAAGCAGCAGCCAUGUCCCUGCCAGGCCAAAGACCUCGCCUCCGCCAACGAAGCUCUUCCCACUCAACACUUCGCCAUCUACGACCUGAUAGUGAAGGGAAGUUGCUUCUGUAACGGACACGCCGAGCAGUGUGUUCCUGCAGCGGGAUACCAGCCCAUCAGAGACCGCACCAACCAUGUGGUCCAUGGGAAGUGUGUGUGCAGACACAACACUGCAGGUGAUCACUGCGAGCGCUGCUCUCCUCUCUACAACGACCGACCCUGGCAGCCCGCUGAUGGACUGACGGGCGCUCCACACGAAUGUCGGAAGUGUAAAUGUAACGGACACGCUCAGAGCUGCCGUUUUGACUGGACGGCAUGGCGUGAGUCUGGCCAGCGCAGCGGAGGCGUGUGUGACUGUCUGCACAACACAGAGGGACGUCAGUGUCAGAAAUGCAAAGCCGGCUUCUACAGAGACCCACAGAGACCACAGACGGCCCCCGACUCCUGCAAACCAUGCAGCUGUCACCCGUUGGGCUCUAUGCCCUUCCACUUGGCCGACGGCUCACUCUGCGACCCGUCCAACGGAAACUGCAUCUGCAAGCCUGGAGUCGGCGGAGCCCACUGUGACAGGUGCAUGGUGGGAUACUGGGGCUUCCAUGAGUAUGGCUGCCGUCCAUGUGACUGUGCAGGAGACUGUGAUCCAUUUACUGGAGACUGUAUGUUUGGCUCUGAUCUGGACCUGUACAACUUAGAGGGAAACUCCAGUGAGCCAGUGAGGAUCUUCAGAGUUGACGAACUCUUCUCUGCCCUCCACUACUCAGAGAAGUGCGAGUGCAAAGAGCAAGCCCUGACCAACAGUAAACUCUUCUGCACCAUGAAUUAUGCAUACGUCCUAAAGGUGAAAGUCCUGUCAGCCCACGAUAAGGGCUCCCACGCCGAGGUCGAGGUCAAAGUUCAGAAGGUGCUCACUCAGAACACCAAGGUGAAGAUACAGCGGGGUCGGGUGACUCUUUACCCCGAGUCCUGGACUGCACGGGGCUGCACCUGCCCCAUCCUCAACCCAGGUGUGGAGUAUCUUGUGGCAGGCCACACGGACCGUAAGCAGAACCGCCUCCUGGUCAACAUGAAGAGCUUUGUCAAGCCGUGGAAAGCCAGCUUGGGGCGCAAAGUCCUCACGUUGCUCAAGAAAGACUGCAACUGGUAGGCGGACUGUUAAAACACUGGAGGACAGACGGACACAUGGACAAUGUUGUGGAUUUUCCCAUCCUCCAGAUGUGGAAUUAUUGAAUUGCACAGGUGUGUGAGCAGGUUUUCAGGGGACGAACUGAGAUGAUGAUGGAAACCCCCUUUAAUACUCUGCUGUUGUCCAAUGAGAGCUGCACCAGCUACAAUUACACAGGACUUUAUUUUAUUAAGACAUAUCACGUCUCGCACAUUCCUUUGUAGGACUUCUUUCGCUGUUGCUGCUGCGACUCAAGGAAUUGAGGAAUUCAGCGCUUUGGCCAAGGGCUUUCUAUUCUGAGUGACUCCCUCUGGACCCACUGUCACACAUUAAAACACAAACAAAAACUGAAUCUGCUCCUCUCUGCAGCACUUUAGCUUAAGAUGGACUGAGGGAAUAUGGACACACAAAGAGAGGAAGAUAUAACACACACACACACUAGAUGACCCCCCCCUGACAUGGACUGUGGGUGGAGCCUGUCCAAUCCCUAUUGCGGUGGACGCACACACAGGCAGCAGUGGGUGUUAGUGUGUGUGUGUGCUGCUUACAUAAUGUGCAAAGCACCCAGAGUGACGCUAAACAAGCCAUACAAGCCACUACAGGUGGAUAAAUCUUAGCCAGUCCAGGUGUGCCUGUGUUGAAAUCAGAGUGAAUGGGUUUUACCCCGAACGUGAAUGUAUUUGCCUGUUUUGCAAAUGUGUGUGUGUGUGUGCAUGUGAGACAGAUAGAGAGAGUGUUUGAAUGCAGAGGUUUAUUAUGAGCACAGUCCAGAUUCAGUCCAGCUCUUAAGCUUUUCUGUAGGUUUGUGUACACUUUCAAAAACAGCCGUUCCAAUGUUUAUGAUACAGCGUCAUGUAUACUGAUUCAUCUCAUAUUACACUUCAUUCAGAAAAUCCUUGUUAUUCCUUCCUUUGUGCUCUUGUACAGUAUUAUUUGUAUAUAUCUAUAUAAAUAUUAUGUUCAUCUUUCUCUGUCUGUUUAAUUGUUUUUGUAUGUGCUAAUAUUAAAGGAUAAUUACAA